CCCUCCUCAUUCCUCAUCCAGGGGAAAUUCUAUGUACAGAAGAGAAAAGGGGAAGAGCUGAUGCCUCAGGCACCACACCGGAUCAGGUCACCCACCGGUGACUGACAUAAGCCGGUCACGGCAAUACACGUGCCGCAUUAGUCACAAUGUUUCCGACAACUGUGGCUUACAAGCAAGCCCAGCCACAUUAUGUGGCUGCUGUUUCAUGUCGUCUCGGGACCGGUCAUAGAGACAGACGUUACUCUUCCUCCUCCUCUCCUACUCAUCGCCAGAGGGUGUGAGAAUUUGUCGGUUGUUGGUUGCUGGUCGCUGCUGCUGGUGCGCGCUGCUUUGCCCGCGACUUGCUCUCUCGCUCUCUCUCUCUCUCUCUCUCUCACACACACACACACACACACACACACCAGACCAUCGAUUCCCUCGUCGCGCGUCCUGUCGCGACCUACCUCACUCAUCACCAACCAUGGGCCUCCCGUAAGUUUCGCUCUACUCGCUCUGCUCGCGCGCCUCCAACAAGUCCGCCAUACAUCUCUAUGCCACGGCCGCGGAUUGGAGACCUGCAACUUCAUAUUACUUUCUCAAGCUGACCGGUCAUCUUGUCCCAUCGCAUACAGAGUCUGGCGCGACCCUUCGGAACCCAGGCCAUCCAGGCUCCGUAACAAGCCAGACGAUCCCACAGCUGCCGCGCGAUCCACCAUUCGUAGAAGACCUGAAUAUCCAGCUCGUGCCUCCUCGCGUCAUCCACCUCCACCGUAUCCUUCCCGACUGGAGCGCGCCACCACGCUGCGCGAUCCACGUAGAUAUGCCUCCCGACUUCAUAAUGCUGCCAAUUCUGCCAUCCCUCCCGUGCGUAGCCUUCUCGAGACAGUCGACAGGUUGACUCCCACCCGAUCCGCCACCACCGCGCCGCCGCCCGUCCCAGCUCUUCCCUCCGAGCGCUUCGAUUCGUUCCGCUCUGCGUACCCUUCAGAUAUCACUGCUUCGGAUUUCGACUGGGAGCUCGAACUGUUCCCCACGCCGGAAGAGGAUGAUUCGGAUACCGUAGAUCUCAACAGCAGGCCACAUUCUCGAGACGGACAUGUUCCUCGGACGAGACUGCCGGGUGCUGCCGAACUCGCCGGCGGUGCGGAGGUCUGGGCGACAGGGGCCGACAUAUCCUCAAACGUGACCCGCUCUGCUCAUCCGCUCAGGCAUUCGUGGCGCCCUUCAUCGCCUUCGAUCCAAGGCCUCGGUGACCGGACUCGGAGCCCGACUCCCGACGGAGCAUGGGAGCUGAUGCGCACCACAAUCGCGCCGGACGAGGUUCUACCCAGUGCGGAGAGCAGCUUUGCGAGCGCGGCCGCCAGUCGGUCUUUCGGGUCGAGCAGUCUCUCUCGCGCGGCCGCAAGUUUAAGCUCACGGACAUCGUUCAACAGCCGGACGGGUCGCGGUGAGGACACAUCCGAGGAGUUCGCCGCCCUCGCAGACGACAUCUGCGCUGCCGAGAGCACGACCACCGAUGCCAUCGGCGAGGCCAUGUUCCUCUGCGCCAGCCUGACGACCGAGGGCUACAAUCGCCUGGUCGAGCUUCAGCGCGACCUAUUCCGCUCUGGCCACUAUCUCGAUCCUCCAGGACUGGGCCUACGCCUACUCGAAGGCCUCUCCGAGGAGGCCAUAGAACUAUACCUUUCGCCCACCAGCGGCAUCCCCACCAAUCUCCGCCGAUUUCUGCGGGCUCGACGAUUCUACAGGUCCGUUCAGUCGCCAAGACGGUCCGCUAAUGAGGAAACAUCGAAUCCGCGAUCGCGGGCGGUCGACCCUUCGACCGGAAACCCGAACCGCAACGAAGGUAUUCCCUCAUCAACACCCGCGCCGGCAGACGCCUCCCAAUCGCGUCCAUCCCAACGCGAUCGCACCACCACCAGAUCCAUCCCUACCACCACCUCCUCGACCGAAACUCCCCCGACCGACCCGUCCGCAACGGAUCUAGGUUUCCCCACCGAAGUCGUAACCGACAUCCGCGCCCUCAACACAAUCUUCCUGCGCCUCGCCGCCCGCGGCGACGUCUGCGACGAGAUCUGGGAGACCGUCGGCCUGCUCAUGUCCACGACCGCCGGCCACCUGGCCUCUCCGCCGCAACCGCCGCAGCAAAACCCCUCCUCCUCCUCCUCAUCAUCAUCAUCUUCCCUACGGCGAGGCGGUCCCGGCGUGACCCUGCCGCGCAGUGGAGGCAUGACGUCUGCUACUGCUGCGACCGCGCCUACGGGUCCUUCGCCACCGCCGCCGGAAGAGGCGGUGGAGGAUUUCACCUCGAUGCUCGUCGCGCUGGCGGAGUCCAACCGGGAACGCUCGAGAGCCGCGAGGGAGGGCCGGAACGGGGGCUUCGCCGUCUGAGACUCGGUGUUCGCUUCUUCUUCUUCGUCAUCUUCUUCGUUCGGCGGCGAGGGGUUCGAGGACACGGCGGACCAUACACACACACGUGGGAAAACUUGCGAGUUUCCAUUUUCAAGGAUCAUGAUGACUACGGGGCGCUGCGGGGCUGGUUUUCUGCUCGAGUGCCGCGCGCGCCGACGGGGGAAACAAAAGGGAAGGAGAGGGGCGGGGGAGAAAGAGAAAGGGUUUCCUACCGGUUGACGUUCUUUGUUUUUGUUUUUUGGGCUUUUUGGUACUUUCCGGGUAACCCGAAAAGGGGAAAGGGGGAGGGGGGCGUUUUCUUCUCUCAGGGCGGGGAAUUUUUCUGUACGAUUUAUCUUUUUUUUUUCUUCUUCGAGGGGGGGUGGGUUUUUUGGUCUUUUCGUCCGUCCGUCCGUUUCGCAGAGGGAGAAAUGCGGAUGCGGAUGCGGAUGCGGCGUUUUAU